UCAUCACCAAAAUCUCACAUACUCGUAUUACUGCUCCUCUGAACUCCCAAGUACUUAACCAGAAAGCCGCUUUUCUAGUCAGAUAUCUAUACAUUCCUUCGCUUCACUUCAACCUGAACCCUAACCUCCUCAACAAUUUAAGCUAGCACAAUGCACUACCAGACCGAGUCAUGGGGCUCCUGCAUGCCCACAAGAACCUCCAUGGGCAUAGAGGACCCUCUGGAGCGCAUAGAGCGGAUGGCGUCGGAGAGCGCGGUGGUGAUAUUCAGUAUAAGCAGCUGCUGCAUGUGCCACGCCAUCAAGCGCCUCUUCUGCGGCAUGGGCGUCAACCCCACUGUGUACGAGCUGGACGAGGACCCCAGAGGUAAGGACUUGGAGAGGGCGUUGAUGAGGCUGCUGGGGACCUCCUCCGCCGUCCCCGUCGUCUUCAUCGGUGGCAAACUCGUCGGCGCAAUGGACAGAGUCAUGGCCUCUCAUAUCAACGGCACUCUUGUUCCUCUUCUCAAAGAGGCCGGGGCUCUCUGGCUCUGAGAUUUGUUCGUUCUCUUCUGUCUUGAGAUAGUUUUUGUUGUACGAAAGAAGGGAAAACAAAAUCAUGAUUUGUACUGCUACUUAAUUAAUUACAUAAGGGCAGGCAGGCGGAGGAAGAGGAGUGGCUUUUGUGAGUCCACCUCCGUUUUGGACACACUAAUUAAUCACUAAUGUCACUUAAUUAGCUAGUUAAUUGUUCAUCUGGGUUUCCUUUAUCUUUUCUCGAGGGUGUUGGACUGUCUUCAGGCUUUUACUGUGAAGAGAUUUUUCA